AUGGAUUUGUCAUUUGCCAACGAGUUUGAUGAUAUAGACGAGAUCAAUGAAGACGACGACAUCAAUGAAUGGGAAACUGCAUCAGUCGAUGAUGAAUCAUUGUCAAGUGAGGAUGAAAUUUGUUCGACUGAUAAUUAUAAUCUCGCAUUCGAAAAAGUCGACAUGAUGGAUCACCACAAUGAACGUGAGUUCACAUUUCCUGAGAAUUUUCAUGAAACAAUUGAACUUCCUGAAAUUGAAUCAUGUAAAGAGAGAAAAAGAUGA